AAUACUCUGUAUAGCAGUCGAUUCACGUCAAGCGUUAGUGCCGCAUCUAACAUUCAAGAAAAUUCUAUCAAUUUUAUAUUAAUUUUCGUUUAAAUAAAUACUCAAUUUUUCACAAAUAUUACAGUGUAAAGUAGAAAAUAAUUUUUUUUCUCCACUACUUUAUAAAAUUGAUAAAUUCUAAUUAAUUUCUUUUCGAUAAAAAUAUGUCGACAUACAAGUUGUACUAUUUUAAUAUAACCGGCUUAGGCGAGCCGGUUAGAUUUGUUCUCAGUUAUGGAGGAGUUAAGUUUGAAGAUAUUCGUCUUUCCUUUGAUGACUGGCCGAAGAAAAAAUCUGAAAUGCCCAUGGGCCAAAUGCCAGUUUUGGAGAUUGAUGGCAAAAAAUACAAUCAAUCCAAAUCCAUUUGUCGUUAUUUGGCGAAAAAGUUCAAUCUCUACGGUUCCAAUGACCUUGAAGCCCUGGAGAUUGAUGCAGCAGCUGAUGACAUUGAUGACAUGAGAAUUUCCUUAUCUCAAUUUUACUGGGAAAAGGAUCCAAAGUUCAAGGCAGCCUUGAAGGAAAAAGCCAUGGAAAAAUAUGAGGGCUGCAUGAAAUUAUUUGAAGAAAAAGUUAAGAAAAAUGGAGGAUUCUUCAUCGGUGGGAAGAUGUCAUGGGCUGAUCUACUCUACUGUGCAUUCUGCGGUUAUUUGUCCGUUGUUCUUGGCCACGACGUAAAUAAGAAUUAUCCAGCAAUGCAAAAAUUAAGGCAAACCGUAGAAAAUCAUCCAGCAAUCAAGGCUUAUCUUGAAAAACGCCCUAAAACCGAUUUUUAACCAUUUCAACACUUUUUCAGAGUACUUAUAUAUUCAAUACAAACAUAAUUUCAAAAUAAAAUCUUCCUUAUUUCUA